UGCUAUCAUGUAUAAAAAAAAUUGUCAGCCGGUUGCACUGCGGCGGAAUGACCUUCAGUUGAUGACAUAAACAUGUAAAAAACAAUUUUUUCAGUCAUCGCCACUCGAUUGAUACUGUGUCAGAUGAUAGUUUCGAUGCUAUUUUAAAUAGAAAAAUCGUCAGCCGGUUGUAUCGUGGUUUUCCACCACCGAACCGUCCGGCCGUUAUUUUUUUCAUGUUCAUGCGACCAGCUGACGUUCUUUUCGCCGCGAUACAACCGGCUGACGAUUUUUUUAAGAAACAAUAGCAUCUACACUAUCAUCUAAAGUAUCAAACGGGAGGCGGUGACUAUUUUUUUUUACGUGUUUCGGAGGCUGCCAUUCCUGAACCCACCAACGGAGCUGCAGCUAACGUCCAGAAGGGUUCACCAUACAUAGCCGUUAACCACUCUACGAGUUAUGACAAAAUUAUGGGAAAAACAGAUUUUGAAAUUUUCCAUUGGAAAAUCCGUAGGCUUCAGGCAUAUUUACAUCCUAAAAUAGAAUUAUAGGUGCAAAACUAAAAACUGACACCAAAGCUCAUCGCAAACUUGAAAAAUACGUAGGCAAAAAGCAUACAGGCACUUUUGCCCAAAGCCAAACCGGUCGUACCUAACUUCACUCGCAUUUGAUUCUACGAAGGUCAACUGUCUGCGAGCUAGCUCAGAUGCGCACAGACCGCAGCCGCGACCGAACGCUCGCUCCGGCCACGUGAAAACUUUUACGUCACCAAAUAACUAUAAAAACAACUCUUAAAACAAACAGAAACUUUAUCUCAAACAACACUAAAAGCAAUUUUCAGUUGAUCGUGUACAGAUAGUGUUCAUAUUUCAGUUUAAAUUGCUAAAGUUCAAGUAGAAAGUUGGCAUUGCAUUGACAAUCUCACAAACACAGCCUGCAUGUGUUACGCUCUUAGUUUUGUGCACAGUGCUUAUGUGGGGUUUUUGAACUGUAUCCGGAAUUUUGAAGCUGUUUGAAUACACUUCCCUUGCCGUCACAAAAAGAAACAAGCUGUUUGCGCUGUCUGCUGAAAAAAUUCUCAACAUAGCUCCCGAGGAUCCUCUUGCCGCGUCUUUUUAUAAGAUGUGACUAAAGCCCACGAUGGCAGCCACAGACGGCCAAGUCUUAGUCGCAGCAUCCCGCUGGUCCGAUGAAGGAAACUACCUCCGAGAGUAUGUCGCUAAAUAUCGGCUGCCCAAUGUCGCCAAGAUCAUCAAGGGACAGUACGGCGGGCUUGGCGUGCCUUCUUUGCCAAGCCCUAGUCUACAGAGCACUGCCUUGCUUGUUUCAGCGGGAAAGAGCAAGAAGAUAAUAGCGCAAGCCAUCAAACUGAAAGAAGGAAGACGAAUGGUCAGUAUCGGACCACGAAUCGCCAUCCCAGAGACAUACAAAGGCUAUUUUGAGUUGCUUAGCGAAGAAGGGAGGGCAGUAAGAUGCAUAGAAUCUGUAGCAGAGCUAGCUAGGAGAAGACUCGACGAUGGUUGUCUUGUCAGGGAACCUAUUAGAGUAAUUUGUGGUAAAACUGAUUUAGAAGGAACGGUGACCGCCGACGGUGCAAGAAAUUUACCAGCAGGUGAAGUCAUCAUGCCUAGAGGUGAAACAUACUUAGGGAAAAACAAAUAUUUAAAGUGUACGGAUUCAAAAGGAGACGUCGUUCUUCUCAGCUUGGAUCAAAGAGGAAAAUUUUCUGCCGUCGCCAAGGAAGAAAAUAUAAGUGGAGUUCAUACUGCAAAAACGUUACUGACAAAACGGCUGCCUAUUACUGUGAGACUUGUGCAUGGUACCCCUCCUAGAGGCUUAAAAAGUUCAAGCCAUUUUGUCCCAGAAAUUCGACUACUAUCUAUGUUCGAAGAAGAACACGUUUUCGCUUUACCGUUGCAAAAAGAAGGAAACGCAUUAGUAGCUUUGCCCUUAGCUGCACCAAUCAAAAUGUUAAGAUGCAAAAACGAAGAACAGAUAAAAAACUUUAUGGAAUUUUCUAGGCUCGUCGAAAAAUGUAAUCGCUUGUUAGUGGAAGUGGUUGAUAGGAUUCACGUUUUAGAUGGAAAACUGGGCGAUCCUAAAAGGCUUUUGAAUGCUCCACUUCAUGCGCCACCGUUACUUAAAACUGGUUAUUUCUUACGGAGAAGUGCAUCUUCAGACACGGCCAAUCAACAUAAACAUUUGUCUAGGCAUAGCCAUAUUUACAGUAGUCACAGAGAUGAGAAUAGCAUUCCUGAUGAGAACGAAGAAAUCGAUCGAAUUUACGAUUACGUACGAGGUUUCGCUCCUCUUCCUAAGAACAUAAAAGCAUCUUACACAAAUGAACUAACCCAAAAACAUGAAACUGCUCCGUCGUCUCCUGCAGCUACGCCUAUCCACAUGCCUUUAAUAACGGAGAUGAAACCCGAGCCACCUCCAAUAGAAACUAUUCCAUCCAAAAAACCUCUAAACCAGAAAGCAGAAAAGAGGACGCGAAAAACUGCUGUAACCACAAAAGAAGUUCCCAUAACAGUCUAUAAAGAAAAAUGUUCCAUCGCCCCGGCGCCGAACCUCCCUAAAUUGUACAUCAAAAACGGUAUAAGUAAUAAUAAAAGUAGGAUGGUCUUCAGGCAGAAAAGCAACUCACCGACUAAAGAGUCUCCUAGUCCUAUAGCUAGUCCAAUCAGACCGUUAACGAAAGGCGAUUCGCCGAUCUUCAAUAUUAGGUAUAAGAGUCUUUCAAAUAUUCAUCAAGCUAUGGAACUUGAUGGCACCCUAGACUCGAGCCACUCCGGAGGUCGGACAUCUGGGGACUCGGGAAAUGGACCCAAGCUUCCCGAAAAGAGAUCAAGGAAACUUAGUAGGCCUAAAUCUCUCACUAACCUGGUUUGGGAAAUGAAAGGUUGUCCGGUAGAGACAGUAGAGAAGCCGAAGGUUCGGAGUAAAAAUGAAGGGUACAAGAAGAUCGGAAACAAAUUGUCCCUAGGAGCACAGAAGAGGGUACCGACGUUGUAUCUCUAAUUUCUUGGGUGCAAUGGUGAAUAUCUUCGAAGACGAACGAGACAAGUAUCUCCGGACUGAAGUGCACCUGCAGUCAACACUUGAACAUAGACCAAGGACGAUUUGAUAGCUGAAGUAAAUAAAUGGCACUAUAUGGUCCCGUACAUUGUACAGUGACCAAGGUUCUCAAGCGCUAACUUUUGACAAGUAUUGCCAGAAAACACGUACUUCAGAUGUCAAAUUUUCGGCUACAAUAUUUUGCACAAAUUUGCGCGUGUUUAUUCCUUAUCUAUGACUUGGGCUAUCUAUAACCUUGUAUGUUGUAGACCCUACUUGGUGGAAUUCACAUCUGUGUUAAAGGUACAAAAUGCUUGAUAUAACGUUUUUCGCAUAACAAUAUAUUUCCUAGGUAGUCUCAAAAAUCGAAUAUGCUAAUCAAAUGAUGUGGGUCUUAUUGGAGAGUCUUUGCAAAAAAACUUGUUACACUUUUAAACCCCGAUUAGACUAAUUUGAUUCAACAUAAAAAUUGUUUUAGAUAUGGAUUAUACUUUACCCUCGUUUGAUCAGAUUGAUAUCAAGGUAGACGUCCGUGUGCUCGUCUCUAUCCCAACACACGUCAUCUUCAAACUUCAACAGAGAUGACAGCAGGGUGUCAUCUAAUGUACACUAGUCGAACACUAGGACGUCUAGCUUACACUAAACAUCGAUAAAUGAGGUUUUUCUAAACAAAUAUAUUGAAGACCUGAUUCUCACAGAUCCUGGUGUUUUUGGGUUCUUUCAACACAGAAUCAAUAGCAUAUUCAAUCCUGAUACUAAAAAACCCUAUUUUUUUAUGAAAAUGUAUUUACACUGCGUCACACACAUACUAGUGAAAAAAAAAUUACACUAAAACGUGACAUAAUGUAACGGACAUUUUGGGACAUUUUUUAAUGGUAGGAUGGAGAUUGCUGUCGAUUCUGAGUAGAAUGUGCAGAUUUGUAAGAAUCAGGUUUUCAAUAUUUAUUUUAGAAAACGCCCAAAUAUUUUCUCCUUAUCAGUGCAAACAAGCCUUAAUUUUUAAUUUUCGAACGAACGAAUUUACUUCACACAGGUCGGUGUGAAGUAAUCCCUCGAUACAUGUAUUCUUUGUUAAAUAUAGUCUAUUAUAUUCUGACAAAGUAAAAGUAUAUAGGACCUGAAAAUAGGUAUUAAUACAUAAUUAUUACAGUUUCGUUAAAUAUUCAUACAACGACCUGUCUAUAACGUCGUUGUAUGAUAUUAGAAGUGUUUCCAAUGUUUUCAUCAAUAUAUAUUUUAAAAUUAUACACUAAUCAGUUCAUAGGUAUAUUUGAAAUUGUAGCUUGACUUCUACUAUAGCAAUGCUGGAGAAAUUUCAGUUACAACGUUAUUUUAGAUGGUCCUUUUUUGCAUUUUCAAAGACCAUACUCGGUCAAAAGCUUUGCAAAACGUGUGUUUGAUCUCUUUAUGGAUAAUUAAUAUUGUUAUUUAUGAUUUUAAUGCCAUAUUACGGUAUAAUUUUCCCUAGUUAGUAAGUUAGAGUAAGUAAACCCAUUUCUUUUCACUUGCAAAUGCACCAGAAUGUAAAGAACUCUGACGUAUUUUUGUAUUUGUAACAUAAGCAAAGUUUUACCUACUCGUAUGUAUUGAUAUUUGCUGAAAAUGGAAUUAAUCAUACACCCAUACAAUCCCAAACAAUUAUUAAAUAAAAAUACCGAAACGUUAGUAAUAGUUAUGUUUACAAUCUGGCCAGUACAAAAUGGCGAUAUUUUGAUUUAUGGCAAUGUCUUGAUUUAAAACUACAACAUUCUCUAAGUUUGUUAAAUUAUUUAAUCUAUCUUUCAAAGUGGUGACACUAGGCAUAAAUAUAUCCAUUGAGCAAGAGGCAUAUAUUCAGAUUGUAAUAACCAGGCUGACGCAACUAGGAACAAAAUAAGUUUUGUAUGGAACUUGUUUCGCAAAUCUUUGCCAACGAAGAAAAAUAAAACGUCAGUGCUAUUUGUUCUGUCAAGUUUACAUCAAGUCAACUGUCGGCCUAAUUGUUUUGUUUGCUAUGAAGGCUUCAAUGUUUUGUUCGGGUAUUUCGUGCAAUUUCUUUAUUAUUUAGUGAAAAUAUCGAAAAUAGUGAACCGCGAUCAGAGUAAAGAGCGACUUUGUUAUAAUGCCACCGAGAAAAUGGUUUACUGUGUGAAGUAUGUGGCAUGCGAGCCACUCGAGAAAAUCACGAAAAAAGGGAUUUUAUGGCGAAAUUUCCCUUGGAUAAAGACCGGUACGUAUUGCUUACGUACUUUUGACCUUAUUUUAGUGCAGCAGGCUUUAAACACAUCGAAAAUUUGAUAUUUUAUAUUAUGUUUAGUUGUGAACUAGGGAUGUA